AUGGGGAAUAGGAACCAAAGAAAUAAGAAAGAAGAAGGUAUGACUAUGAAUACAGAUAUGCAGCUGGAUGCUACUGGGGAUCUGGAGAAGAUCUUAGAUAGGAUUCCUGUCACUAUAACUGAACAAAUGAAUAAGGAAUUGAGUAAAAAAGUGGAAGAAAAAGAAAUUAAGACUGCUUUCUUCUCUAUGGAUCCUAAUAAAGCUCUUGGAAGUGAUGACAUGUCCCCUUUGUUUUUCCAAAGAUUCUGGAGUAUUAUUAAACAGGAUCUAGUAAAUGCAAUCCAAGGUUUCUUUUAUCACAGUGUCAUCCUUAAAGCUAUAAACCAUACAGUCAUCUCCUUGAUCCCAAAAAUAGAUUGGCCCAUAGAGGUUAAUCAGUAUAGACCUAUCAGCCUAUGCCAAGUGGUAUAUAAAGCCAAAGCCAAAAUUCUUGUCAGUAGAAUGCAACCUUUCCUCAGUAGGUGCAUUAGCAAAAAUCGGUCUGCAUUUGUUUCAGGUAGGCAAAUAUUAGAUAAUGUCAUUUUAUCUCAUGAAUUACUGCACUUUCUCAAAAACAAAAGACAUGGUAGAGAAGGAUAUAUGGCUGUGAAACUGAAUAUGUCCAAAGCCUAUGACAGGGUGGAAUGGAAAUGUUUGAAGGCUAUUAUGGAGAAAAUGGGAUUCUGUUCUACUUGGAUAAGCUGGAUUUCAUCCUGCAUCAGCUCAGUAACCUACUCUUUCAAGGUAAAUGGGGAACACAACGAGUACAUCACCCCCUCCAGAGGUGUAAGACAAGGAGAUCCUCUAUCUCCUUACUUAUUUUUGCUGUGUCCAGAGGGGUUUUCAAAUCUCUUACAAAAAGCAAAGCAUGAAAAGGAGUUGACGGCGGUAAAAGUUAGUAGAAAAGUACCUACAAUUACCCACUUGUUCUUUACAGACGACUCACUGGUGUUCUGCAAAGCAAAAGUUCAAGAAGCUGGGAAACUAAUGAAAGUCCUCAAGGUGUAUGAGGAGGCAAUGGGACAGCUCAUCAACUUGGAAAAAUCCUCAGUAUUCUUUAGUAAGAACACAGACCAAAUAGUGAGGAAUGAAUUCUGUCAAGCUGUGAGGUCAAUUCAACAGGUAGGACAAGGGAAAUAUUUGGGAUUGCCUAUGAUUAUCACAAGGUCUAAAAAGCAAGUUUUUGGAUUCAUAAAGAAUUCCAUUGACAAAAAACUACAAGAUUGGAAAAACAAACUACUGAGCCAGGCAAGGAAUGAGAUAAUGCUUAAAGCAGUGGCAUUGGCAAUGCUUACUUACACCAUGUCUUGCUUCAGGUUGCACACCCAAUUAUGCAGAGAAAUCAAUUCAAAAAUGGCAGACUAUUGGUGGAGAGACACAGAAGGGAAGAACAAGAUACACUGGAUCAGCUGGAAGAAGAUAACACAGACUAGGGAAGCAGGGGGCAUGGGAUUCAAAGAUAUGCAAAUCUCCAAUAAAACCUUAUUGGCUAAGCAAUUACUCUUCAACUGCAAAGUGCCCAAAAAUGCCUUCUGGAUUUGGAAAAGCAUAUCAGCAGUGAGAAAGGAACUGCAACAAGGAACUACAAGGAAAAUUGGUAAUGGUAGAGACACGAGAAUUUGGGAAGUCAACUGGAUACCAGAUAGGCCACAUGGGAAACCAACUUUAGCUAAGCCACAGGGAUGUCAGCUAAAUCUUUUCUCAAAUCUGAUAAGUAAUAACAAAUGGAAUAGAGUUCUUGUCCUCAAAACUUGCAGUUCACAAGAUGCAGAGAGAAUCCUGAGUAUACCAAUAAGUGUUACAGGUAAAGAAGACAGCUAUUAUUGGGUGCACUCUCAGAAUGGUCAAUACAUGGUCCAGUCUGGCUACAAGACAUGGAUAAAGGAAAAGAACCAGGUGAACUCAGCGGUAAGGGAGAAGGCUGGAAGAAGCUAUGAAGGUACCAUCAGCAAGGUCUGGAAAUCACUGUGGAAGCAGAACGUGAGUCAAAAACUGAAGGUAUUCAUGUGGAAAAGCUUACACGGAGCCCUUCCAGUAAGGGAACUAAUUUACAGAAGAACAAAGCAAGGAAAUCCUAUGCGUGCAGGAUGUGGAGAAAGAGAAGAAACAUUAGAACAUAUGAUGCUCCAAUGUAAGAAAGCAAAGGAAAUAUGGAAAAUGACGCCAGUUCAGUGGGAUGGCCUGGAACACCUUUAUGAUUGUUUUCUAAAAUGGUGGAUAACAAUUAUGGAAGCUCAACAAAGCAGAGAUGAUGCAAAACAGAUAUGGAAAGCCAAGAAUGAUAGAGAGUUUAACCAAAAGGAAAGAGAGCCUCACAAGAUAGUUGAGAAGGCUAUAAAGGAUUGGGUGGAGUUUGAAGAGGCUAACAAAGGAAAGGAACCAAGGAAGAUCACUCAGGAAACAGAAGUACAACAUAGGACUAACCAAAAUCAUAAUGAAGGAGUCAGGAAGAUGCUACUCAAGAUUCAUACCCAACAAGACAAACGUCAAUCUGUAGUGGGGAUAGGCAUCACAGCAGCAAACAACCUGGGACAACUACAAGCAGCCUGGGCACUCAGAGAAAGAAUGUUAGAUGAUCCAUUACAAGAUCAAGCAAAAACUGUGAAACCUGCUCUAUUAAAAGCUGCCAACCAAGGCUGGAGACACAUCAAAGUAGAGCUAGACAACAGAAGACUGAUGGAAUACAUAAUGGAAUCAAGACACAACAAUUGGCGGGUUGCUACUCUUGUUGAGGACAUUUAG